AUGGCCACCGAAAGGAUCCUCCUGACCGGCGCGACAGGUUAUGUCGGCGGCACGUUCAUCGACCGGUUCGUCAAGAGCGAAGAACCCAUCCUCAAGGCCAUCACCAUCGACGCCCUCACCCGCACCGACGAUGUCGAACAGAAACUGAAGGAAACCUAUGGCGACCGCGUCAAUACCAUUCGCUGGCCUGGACUGAGCGACCUCGAGUUUAUCGAACAGAUAGCAGCCAACUACGACAUUGUUGUCAAUGUUGGUUCAGGCUUCUUUGCUGACGGCGCAAAGGCUUUUGUCAAAGGCCUUGCUCGUCGAGUGAAGCCCAAGGCACCUGCCCCAUGGAUCCUCCAUAUCUCGGGCUGCACCAACCUCGGCGACAGGCCUCUCACCGGAGUGGCGCAUCCCGGACGUGUAUUCGACGACGCCAACAGCAGAGCCACCUAUGACUGGUGUAAGGAGGAGGACGAGAGAAGACCAUGGCCGCAGCGGACAACCGAGAUUGGCGUUCUCACGCUGGCUGACGAGCUGGGUGUGAACGCUGUAAGUCUCAACGCACCGGCCAUCUUUGGUGAAGGGACAGGUCUCUUCAACAAGCAGGGUAUCAUCGUUCCCGUUCUGAUGCGUUAUACCGUGAUGAACGGGUACGGCUUCAAGCUGAAUGACACGGCCAAUUUCGACUGGGUUCACGUUGAGGAUCUGGCCGAUGCCUACAUUCUCCUGGUCAAGAUCAUUCUGGAACGGUAUGACCGCGGGAUUGGGUACAUUCCGUCGGGCAAGGACGGUAUCAUCCACCCUUCGGUCGGGCGGGUGCUUCACACCGAGAUUUUCGAAAGGUGUCUGGAUGUUUGCUUUGCUGAGGGGGUACUGCCUCGGGAGGACACACCCAAGGAAAAGACAAUUGUUCUCAAGAGCCUUCAGGAGAUCACUGACGAUGUUGGGUCGGGUAUGGUGGACCUGGCCGAGUUAGGAUGGGCUGGAAACAAGGCGAUGACAGGAACGGUGCUGCCGAGGCUGGGGUGGAAGCCCAGGCAUCGUGAGGAGGCGUGGGCCAAGGAUUUCUAUGACGAGUUGAAGGCGUCCAGGGAAGGCAGGAGAGGGUAUGUAUUUGACAGCUGUAUUGGCCGCAAGGCGUAG